AUGAAGCUGAUACUUCUGUACCUGGCUGUGGUGCUCUGCACCGUUUGCAAAGCUACAAUUUUAAAAAAUAGAGCUGGCCUAUAUACCUCCACAAGCAUUGGAGUGGGAUUGUUUGCAUCUCGUAAAAAGAAUCCGAAUGCCAAUGGUUCUGUUGGGAGCAAAGAUGACAAUGUGUCUGAUGAAGGUAAAGAUAACUUGAGAAAUGAGAUUAAAGUUGGUUUGGAUGGCUCUGCAAGUGUACAGUCUAGUUUAGGUACCUCUGGUGCAUCUAAACCAAGUGGAAAUCCUUCAAGUCUGAUAGAUGUUGUCAAUUUGCCUAGAGGUCUUGCAUCUCGGCCAAAAUUAACAGCUGACACAGCUAGUAAUCUUUCAAGUGACUUGAAAUUGCAAGAAUUGAAAAACAGAGAAAACAACUUCCUGACUGGUGCAAUUACCUCAGCUGCCCAAAAUUUUGAAAAUGGAUUGGGAAAAUUCCUGCACACCUUAACAGAGAAAAUUCCAAAGAGAAGCCAUAGUGCCAGUGUCUCAGGAACCUUAAGUGGAAGCAGUGGGCUGAAUGUGCAAUCUUCAAAUGAACUCUCCAGGAAGUUAGGAGACAAGCCCACAGUCCAGGGUCAACAAGCACCUGCAUCUGGUACACAUAAUCAGAAUGCAGAGAGUAGCAGUUCAUCUACAGGCUCUGCAACCUCCACUGAAGGAGCUCACAAACUUGGUGACCAGUCACGUAAACUCCUGGAAAAAUUGCAAGCAGUUGUAGACCAGUACUCAGAUAAUGCUGAUGGCUCAGCUGACAGGCCUAAUGCACAUUCAAGUAACUCAUUUCCAGAAGGAUCAGGACCAAUAGUUGACAACAACCCAGCUGCAGCCAGUGGCUCAGGAACCUUAAGUGGAAGCAGUGGGCUGAAUGUGCAAUCUUCAAAUGAACUCUUCAGGAAGUUAGAUGAGCCCACAGUCCAGGGUCAACAAGCACCUGCAUCUGGUAUACAUAAUCAGAAUGCAGAGAGUAGCAGUUCAUCUACAGAUUCUGCAACCUCCACUGAAGGAGCUCACAAACAUGGUGACCAGUCACGUAAUCUCCUGGAAGAAUUGAAAGCAGUUGUAGACCAGUACUCAAUUAAUGCUGAUGGCUCAGUUUCUCCAGCUGUCAAGCCUCCUGACAAGGGAAUGAAAAACUUGUUAAAAGAAUUUGAAGAGGAAUUUGGAAGUACAAGCCCUGGCGCCAGUGUCUCAGGAACCACAAGUAGAAACAGUAGCCCAAAUGUGCAUUCUUCAAAUGAACUCUCCAGGAAGUUAGGAGACAAGCCCACAGUCCAGGGUCAACAAGCACCUGCAUCUGGUACACAUAAUCAGAAUGCAGAGAGUAGCAGUUCAUCUAUAGGCUCUGCAACCUCCACUGAAGGAGCUCACAAACAUGGUGACCAGUCAAGUAAACUCCUGGAAGAAUUGAAAGCAGUUGUAGACCAGUACUCAAUUAAUGCUGAUGGCUCAGUUUCUCCAGUUGUCAAGCCUCCUGACAAGGGAAUGAAAAACUUGUUAAAAGAAUUUGAAGAGGAAUUUGGAAGUACAAGCCCUGGCGCCAGUGUCUCAGGAACCACAAGUGGAAACAGUAGCCCAAAUGUGCAUUCUUCAAAUGAACUCUCCAGGAAGUUAGGAGACAAGCCCACAGUCCAGGGUCAACAAGCACCUGCAUCUGGUACACAUAAUCAGAAUGCAGAGAGUAGCAGUUCAUCUAUAGGCUCUGCAACCUCCACUGAAGGAGGUGACUCCAAUAAAGUAAGUGGGCCAAGCUCCUCAGCUGUAGUCGCCACAGAUUCAGGAGACCUUGGGAAUCUAGAUGAUAAACAAGUACCUGGGCUUAAUGGACAUAUGGGGGAUGGAGAGAAUAACAGUGAAUCUUUCGGGCAUGAAAGCUUGGAUGCUGGAAGUCAGAGUGACUCAGGAAGCCAGAAUUUGCCUUCUGGGUCUGGAAGUAGUCUAAGAAGUACCAAUUCUGAUGGUGUUGAUCAUUCUGACCAAAAUCAAGCUGAUGACCUUGGUGUUAGUGGCAGCGUUAACUGUUCUACUGACAAAACCGUAUCUGGAUGA